AUGAGCGGCGCCGCCCGUUUCGUCGACGCCAGAGCCCGCCUCGUGUCCGUCAUCGAUGCCUGCCAUGGCGACUCCCGCCGCCUCAAGCGGGUCCUCGCGCGCGCCGUCGUCGCCGGCCUCCUCCCGGACCCCUUCGUUUCGGCCCGCGCUGUUGCAGCUGCAGCACCCUCCGACCUACCCCUCGCCUUCCUCGCCUUCCGCACAGCCGCCCCCCGCCCCUCCGCCUUCGCAUUCGCGGCCCUCAUCCGUGCCCACUCCGCCGCCCCGGACCCCUCCCCCGCGUUCUCCCACUUCGCCCUCAUGCUCCGCUCCUGCCUUUACCCCGACCGCUUUGUCCUCCUCUCCCUUGUCCGCGCCUCUUCCCGGCGGGCUGGCGCCUCGCGCGCCACAGCGCUGUCCCUCCAUGCCGUGGCCCUCCGACGCGGCCUCCUCGGUGACCUCCACGUCGCGACUUCCCUGCUCCACACUUACGCCUCCGUCGGAUUGCUGAACGCGUCCGCGAAACUGUUCGACGAAAUGCCCCUGAAAACCACCAUCACGUACAAUGCCCUCAUCUCCUGCUGCGCAAAGUCCGCGUGGCACGACUACGGCCUCCACCUGUUUGCGGGGAUGAUCCUACACGGGACUCGCCUCAACGCUGACACAAUUGUCGCGGGCCUCUCAUGCUGCGCCGGACUCGGUGCUCUUGGACAUGGACGGAGCCUGCACGCUCUGGUCUUGCGCCGUCUUCCUCGUAUGACUCCAGAAGUGGGCACAAGCGUUCUGCACAUGUACACCAAGUGCGGCAGCUUGGAGGCCGGACGGAAGGUGUUCGAUGAAAUGGAGACUACAAGGGACGUAUCGGCAUGGACAGCCAUAAUCGGCGGACUGGCCACGCAUGGAUGCGGUGAAGAGGCCAUGGCAUUGUUCGAGAAAAUGACGGAGGAGGGGGUUGCACCGGACAGCAUGGCCUUCACCAGCGCGCUGCAUGCGUGCAGCCAUUGCGGCCUCGUCGAGGUGGGGAUUAAGCUUUUCAACGCGAUGAAGGGAGUCUACGGAGUUGAGCCGAGAAUGGAACACUAUGGAACGAUGGUGGACCUUCUUGGCCGCGCCGGGCGGGUGGAAGAGGCGAAGCGGGUUGUGGAGUCGAUGUCUUUCAAGCCUAACCGUGUCGUUCUGGGUUCUCUGCUCCAUGCUUGCGGCGUCAAUGGGGAGUCGAGGCUGGGGAAGCGGCUGGAGAGACAAUUGUUGAGAUCAGAAUCAGAAGCAGGGGAGGAGGAGGGAGGAUUCUUUGUAGGCGUAUCGAAUUUGUACGCUAAAGGUGGGAGGUGGAAUGAGGUAGGCUGGAUCAGGGACGAGAUGGUGGAGAAAGGGGUGAAGAAGGAGAAAGGGUUUAGCUUGGUAGAGGUUCAUGGCAGGCUGCACAAGUUUUUGGUGGGAGAUACGAGGCACCCAUUGACGAUGGAGAUGCACAGAAUAUUACAUGGACUGGAUAGGGGAGCGAUGCUUGGAUGA